CCACGUACUCUUCAGCUCAAGUGUGGCUGGCCUCCGGUCUGCGAGUCCGAUGCUAGGCGCCCGGUCGCCUCCGCCCCCUCGGCACGCCGCUUCUUCACCUCUCACUCUUCCGCCGGUGCCCUGGGCUCCCCGCACCCUGCGCUCCCCGCACCACCCCGGGGAGGCGCCUCGGGUGGCGUCCCCAGCCAGAAUGCCCGCGCCCGGAGCGCGACGCACCUUCUCCGGGGCAGCCCGCCGGCGGCGCCUUUAGACCGAGCGCUCUGGGCGCUCGCUCACUAAUGUUUAACUCGGGGCCGAAACUUGUGAGAGCCGGGUGACUCCGCGGCCGGGGAGCAGCGGAGCGGGACGUGCGUCUUGGCGGCUCGCGGUGACUUGUGCACGCGCCCCUGAUCGGAAAGCUCAGUUCCGAGGAGACGCCGACAAUGAAGACGCCAUGGAAGGUGCUCCUGGGACUGCUGGGUGCUGCUGCUCUUGUCACCAUCGUCACCGUGCCCGUGGUUCUGCUGAACAAAGGCACAGAUGCUGCUGCAGGAGACAGCCGCAGAACUUACACUCUAAAUGAUUAUUUAAAAAACACGCUUCGAAUGAGGUCCUACUCCUUGCAGUGGAUUUCAGAUCAUGAGUAUCUCCACAAACAAGAAGAUAAUAUCUUGCUCUUCAAUGCUGAAUAUGGAAACAGCUCUAUUUUCUUGGCGAAUGUUACAUUUGAUGAGUUUGGACAUUUUAUAACUGAUUACUCAGUUUCGCCUGAUAGACUGUUUCUUCUCUUAGAAUACAACUAUGAGAAGCAAUGGAGGCAUUCUUAUACAGCUUCCUAUAACAUUUAUGACUUGAAUAAAAGGCAGCUGAUUACGGAAGAGGGAAUUCCAAACAACACACAGUGGAUCACAUGGGCACCAGAGGGUCAUAGAUUGGCAUAUGUUUGGAACAAUGAUAUUUAUGUGAAGCUUGAACCAAAUUUACCAAGUCAGAGGAUCACAUGGACAGGAAAAGAAGAUGUAAUAUAUAAUGGAAUAACUGACUGGGUUUAUGAAGAGGAAGUCUUUAGUGCCUACUCUGCUCUGUGGUGGUCUCCAAACGGCACUUUUCUAGCAUAUGCCCAAUUCAACGACACCGGAGUCCCACUUAUUGAAUACUCGUUCUACUCCGAUGAGGCAUUGCAGUACCCAAAGACUGUGCGGAUUCCAUAUCCUAAGGCAGGAGCUGUGAAUCCAACUGUAAGGUUCUUUGUUGUAAAUACAGACUCUCUGAGCUCAGUCACCAAUGCCACUUCCGUACAAAUCACUGCACCUGCUUCCAUGCUAAUAGGGGAUCACUACUUGUGUGACGUGACAUGGGUAACGCAUGAAAGGAUUUCUUUGCAGUGGCUCAGAAGGAUUCAGAACUAUUCAGUCAUGGAUAUUUGCGACUAUGAUAGGUCCAGUGGAAGGUGGAAUUGCUUAGUGGCACGGCAACACAUCGAAAUGAGUACUACUGGCUGGGUUGGAAGAUUUAGACCUGCAGAACCUCAUUUUACCUCAGAUGGUAACAGCUUCUACAAGAUCAUGAGCAAUGAAGAGGGCUACAAGCAUAUUUGUUAUUCCCUAAUAGACGAUCAAAGUUGUACAUUUAUUACAAGAGGAGCUUGGGAAGUUAUUGGAAUAGAAGCUCUCACCAGCGAUUAUCUCUACUACAUUAGUAAUGAAUAUAAAGGAAUGCCAGGAGGAAGAAACCUUUAUAAAAUCCAACUUACCGACUACACAAAAGUGACAUGCCUGAGUUGUGAGCUGAAACCAGAAAGGUGUCAGUACUACUCUGUGUCAUUUGGUAAAGGGGCAAAGUAUUAUCAGCUCCAGUGUUCUGGCCCCGGUCUGCCUCUCUAUACUCUGCACAGCAGUGUGAAUGAUCAAGAACUGAGAGUCCUAGAAGACAAUUCAGCUUUGGAUGAGAUGCUGCAGGAUGUCCAGAUGCCCUCAAAAACAUUGGAUUUCAUUAUUUUGAAUGAAACAAAAUUUUGGUAUCAGAUGAUCUUGCCUCCCCAUUUUGAUAAAUCCAAGAAAUAUCCUCUACUAUUAGAAGUAUAUGCAGGUCCCUGUAGUCAAAGAGCAGAUGCUAUCUUCAGACUCAACUGGGCAACUUACCUUGCAAGCACAGAAAACAUCAUAGUAGCCAGCUUUGAUGGCAGAGGAAGCGGUUACCAAGGAGAUAAGAUCAUGCACGCAAUCAACAGAAGACUGGGAACGCUUGAAGUUGAAGAUCAAAUUGAAGCAGCCAGACAAUUUUCAAAAAUGGGAUUUGUGGACAACGAACGAAUUGCAAUUUGGGGCUGGUCCUACGGAGGCUAUGUAACCUCAAUGGUCCUGGGGUCUGGAAGUGGUGUGUUCAAAUGUGGAAUAGCUGUGGCACCCGUGUCCCGAUGGGAGUACUAUGACUCAAUAUACACAGAACGUUACAUGGGCCUCCCAACUCCAGAAGACAACCUUGAUCAUUACAGGAAUUCAACAGUCAUGAGCAGAGCUGAAAAUUUUAAACAAGUUGAGUACCUCCUUAUUCAUGGAACAGCAGAUGAUAACGUUCACUUUCAGCAGUCAGCUCAGAUCUCCAAAGCCCUGGUGGAUGCUGGAGUGGAUUUCCAGGCAAUGUGGUACACCGAUGAAGACCAUGGAAUUGAUAGCAGCACAGCUCACCAACAUAUCUAUACUCACAUGAGCCACUUCAUAAAACAAUGCUUCUCUUUACGUUAGCCAUUUACAGCUUAUUAAAAACCAUUUUCCUUCUCAUUAUCUCAAAACUGCACUGAUGAUGAUCUUUUUAAAAAUACAAUCAAAUCAAGAAAUUUAAAAUUACCUUUGUUCUCAAAUGUCACGCCUUUAAUGAUAAUAGAGACUUCUGUCUUCCCAAUAGAUUAUUACCAUGCAGAAGUUUCAAUUAUUCGGUCUGAUUUUGUUUAUCAUCUAAUACCACUGCCAUGUCAGCUGCUGAAACAACAAAUGUGAACGUUUUCACGGGAACUUUGUAUAGGUUCCCUGGGCAGCAUUUUCACUUUUUCUAAUUAGACUAGUCCAAAUCUUGUUCCCUUCUUUAAAGGGAUAGCAACUUGUGGGCAAUGAUGUCACCAGGACAGGAACCAAAAACAGGACUGAGCAGGGCAUGGAUGGAAACCCAAGUCCAAGCAUACUACCCCGACCAGGCUACUGUCAGCUCCCCUUGGAGAAGAGCUGUUCACAGCCAGACUGGCACAGUUUUCUGAGAAAGACUAUUCAAACAGUCUCAGGAAAUCAUAUAUGCAAAGCUCUGACUUCUAAGUAAAACCACAGCAGUUGAAUAAGCUCCAAAGAAAUGCAAGGGAAACUGCCAGCAAUGCAAGGCCCCCAGGUGCCAGUUAUGGCUAUAGGUGCUACAAAAACACAGCUAGGGUGAUGGGAAAGCAUUGUAAAUGUGCUUUUUAAAAAUACUGAUGUUUCCUACUGCAAGAGGCAGCUUGGAACUGAGAUGUGAACACAUCAGCUUGCCCUGUUAAAAGAUGAAAAUAUUUGUAUUGCAAAUCCUAACUCCUUGCAUCAGUUUUUCUUAUUUCAUUUCUUUGAGCAUUGUAAUUAAGAAUAUUUUAACUUACUUGGAUUCAUUUCUAAAAAUGGAAAACAAACUGGAAUGUUAUGUAUUAUUCUUGUUCUACAUUCUACACUUAGUGGAAUAUCUCUUGGUCAUUUAAUAAAUGUGCCUUCAUUUUUUUCA